AUGUCGCCCAAGUUCAAAGACGCGUGGUACUACCCCAACGACAUCGCCCAUGACCUGGACGGCCUCACGGUGUUGCCCGAGGCCAUGAAGCAGGAGGUGUACGCCUGCGCGUGGGAGUACACGCGCUGCGUGAUCCCGCAGUACACCAACUGGAAGCGCUACGUCGCCUUUAUGCGCACCAUCAUCAUCGGCAUCAUCGCCGAGUUCCGGGGCGAGCUCGUCGACGUGGCGGCGGGCGACUCGAUCCUGGGCUACUCGCUCGACGGCGUGCUGGACGCGCUCUUCGAGGGCACGCCGGGCCACGCGCUCAUGGCGCGCGAGUACAAGACCUUCCUGCUCAUCACGGCCGAGAAGACGGGCCGGCGGCGCGACCACGAGCUGUUCCGGCGCUACGUCAACGGGCUGGCGUCGGGCCCGCGCGCCUGGUUCCGCAUGCGCGACUGCGACGCCCUCGCGCGCUUCUCGCUCGCCGCCGCCCUGGCCUGCUGCGACGUGACGGACCGCCUGCCGUCGCCGGACCAGCUCGAGCUGCUGACCGAGAUCGGCGACACGCUCUACGACGCCGUCGCCUUCUACAAGCACCGCAGCGAGGGCGAGACCAACAACACCUUUGCGUACGUGCCCGAGGAGUCGCGCGUGCGCGCCUACAGCGUCGCGCGCGAGCUGCUCUGGGCCCUCGACGUCGCCUACGCCGGCAAGCCCGAGGGCGCGCCGCUCAUGAACUUUGUCCGCUUCUUCGGCGGGCCCAUCCACAUGAUGAUGCGCCGCUACCGCUUCGUCGAGGAGGGCCUGACCAUCGGGCGCGCCGAGACCGACGUCGUCGUGGCCGAGACGCGCCGCAACGUGAAGCUGUGGAACCGCGUCGACGCCGUACCGCAGCAGCCGCAGCAGCCGCACCACGAGGGCACCACCGAGGCCGCCGGCGGUCACAGCCGCGGCGCCAGCAUCGCCAGCACGCCCACCAACGUCGACAGCAGCAGCAGCAGUAGCAGCAGCACCACCGACCCCGCGGUCAGCAGUCGCGGGAGCGACACCAGCGUCGAGGACGACGGCGGCAAGCCCCCCGCCGCCGUCGCCGUCGCCGCCGCCGAGGUCCCGGGGGUCGAGCGGUUCCACGCGCUGCUCAAGCGCAGCGACCAGCUCAUGUUCCCGGAGCUGCCGGCGUACCUGGAGCGUUCGGCCGAGCAGCACUGCGACCGCUGCGGCUACCAGACGUCGUACGGCGCCCGGCGCAUGUACCGCUUUGGCGGCGUCGACCUGUGCGUCGGCUGCCGCGCCAUGUGGCGCGGCUACAUCGAGUCGCUGCCCGAGCGCGUCCAGGAGGCCUUCCCCGACGUCGUGCUCAAGACCCCGCCGCCCCAGCCGCCCGCGCCCGAGGCCGCAGUCGUCGCUGACCCCGGCCGCCAGCAGCUGCGCGAGGAGGUGUUUGGCGACUCGUGCUACGCGACGGUUCCGUAA